GGCAGGCGGCUUGGCUAGCGGCUGCGGCGGGGGGGAGCCGGGAGCGCGGAGGAUGAAAGUCACCGUGUGCUUCGGCCGGACCCGGGUGGUCGUGCCCUGCGGGGACGGCAGCAUGAAAGUUUUCAGCCUGAUCGAGCAAGCGGCCACCAGGUACAGGAAGGCCAUCGCCAAGGACCCAAACUACUGGCUACAGGUGCAUCGUCUGGAACAUAGUGAUGGGGGAAUCCUUGACCGUGAUGAUAUUCUCUGUGAUGUAGCUGAUGAUAAAGACAGACUUGUAGCUGUAUUUGAUGAGCAGGACCCACACCAUGGAGGAGAUGGCACCAGUGCCAGCUCCACUGGCACCCAGAGCCCUGAAAUCUUUGGCAGCGAGCUGGGCACCAAUGCCGGGUCAGCCUUCCAGCCUUACCAAGCGACGAGUGAAAUUGAGGUCACACCUUCAGUCCUUCGCACAAAUAUGCCUCUUCACGUCCGGCGCAGCAGCGACCCUGCAUUAGUUGGCCUCUCAACAUCCGUCAGUGAGAACAAUUUUGUUUCAGAAGAGCCUUCACGGAAAAACCCCACAAGAUGGUCCACAACAGCAGGCUUCCUCAAGCAGAAUGCUUCUGGGGCUCCCAGAAGUCACGAAAGAAAGAAAGAUGAAAAUUAUAGAAGCCUCCCCCGGGACACCAGCAGUUGGUCAGCUAACCAGUUUCAGAGGGACAAUGCUCGCUCAUCACUAAGUGCCACACAUCCCAUGGUAGAUAAAUGGCUGGAGAGGCAAGAACAGGAAGAAGAUGGGACAGAAGAGGAAAGCAGCCGAGUUGAACCACUAGGUCAUGCCGAUACUGGUGUGGAGACCAGUAUCAACUAUUCUUUAGAUGAUAUGGUAAAGCUCGUUGAAGUCUCCAAUGACGGUGGGCCUUUGGGAAUCCAUGUAGUGCCUUUCAGUGCCCGAGGCGGAAGAACAUUGGGACUGUUAGUAAAGCGACUAGAGAAAGGUGGAAAAGCAGAACAAGAAAACCUGUUUCAUGAAAAUGACUGUAUUGUCAGAAUUAAUGAUGGAGACCUCCGCAACAGAAGAUUUGAGCAAGCACAGCAUAUGUUCCGUCAAGCCAUGCGUACACCCAUUAUUUGGUUCCAUGUAGUUCCGGCAGCAAAGAAAGAACAGUAUGAACAGUUAUCACAAAGUGAGAAGAAUGCAUAUUACUCCAGUCGGCUUAGUCCAGAUUCCCAGUAUAUUGACAAUAAGAGUAUUAACCACUCUGGACUUCACACGUUGCAAAGAAUACCCAGAAUGAGCAAUCAAGGAGAUCAGACGGACUCUUACUCACAACUACCUCAUAGUGUGAAUUCAUCAGGAAAACCACCCUUGGGCCUGUCUCCAUCACCACAAAAAGUUCUCACAUCCACUUCAAAUAGCGGCUACAACACUAAAAGGAUAGGGAAGAGGCUUAAUAUACAGCUGAGGAAAGGCACAGAAGGCCUAGGAUUCAGCAUCACUUCCAGAGAUGUUCCUAUUGGUGGCUCUGCUCCGAUUUACGUGAAAAACAUCCUUCCAAGAGGUGCAGCUAUUCAAGAUGGAAGAUUAAAGGCUGGCGACCGGCUCAUUGAGGUCAACGGAGUGGAUUUAACAGGAAAGACCCAAGAGGAAGUUGUCUCCCUGCUGAGAAGUACCAAGAUGGGAGGGACAGUAAGCCUUCUUAUUUUCCGCCAAGAAGAAACAUUCCAUCCAAGGGAACUGAACACUGAACAAAGCCAGUCACAAAUGCCCAAGGAAACGAAAGCAGAAGAAGAAGACCUUGUCCUAACCCCAGAUGGUACCAGGGAAUUCCUCACUUUCGAAGUCCCACUGAAUGAUUCUGGGUCAGCUGGGCUUGGCGUCAGCGUCAAAGGAAACCGGUCAAAAGAGAACCACGCAGACUUGGGCAUCUUUGUUAAGUCAAUUAUUAAUGGAGGUGCUGCUUCCAAGGAUGGAAGACUUAGAGUGAACGAUCAACUAAUAGCAGUAAAUGGGGAGUCUUUGUUGGGCAAAACUAACCAAGAUGCCAUGGAAACCCUGCGUCGGUCUAUGUCCACAGAAGGAAACAAGCGUGGAAUGAUUCAGCUCAUUGUGGCCAGGCGAAUAAGUAAAUGCAAUGAGUUGGAGUCACCUGGGAGUCCCCCGGGGCCAGAGCUGCCUAUUGAGACAAUGCUGGACGACAGGGAACGUAGGAUUUCCCAUUCUCUGUACAGCGGGAUUGAAGGGCUCAACGAAUCGCCCACCAGGAACACUGCUCUGAGUCGGAUGAUGGGUAAAUAUGCCCUUUCUCCAACGGUCAACAUGCCCCAGGAUGACAUGGUCAUUAUUGAAGAUGACAGACCACCAUUACUACCUCCACAUCUUUCAGACCAAUCCUCAUCCAGUUCUCAUGAUGAUGUGGGCUUUGGGACAGUGGAUGCUGGAACCUGGGCUAAACCAACAAUUAAUGAAUCUACAGAAUGCACUCUGAGUCCAGAUGUUGAUCCAGCACUUGCCUUCCAGCGAGAGGGGUUUGGACGCCAGAGCAUGUCAGAAAAACGUACAAAGCAAUUUUCAGAUGCCAGCCAGUUGGAAUUUGUUAAGACACGAAAAUCCAAGAGUAUGGACUUAGUAGCUGACGAGACUAAGCUCAGUACAAUGGAUGACCAGAAAACAGGUUCCCCAACCAGAGAUGUAGGGCCUUCAUUGGGGCUGAAGAAAUCCAGCUCAUUAGAAAGCCUGCAGACAGCAGUGGCUGAGGUGACUUUGAACGGUGACAUUCCUUUCCAUCGGCCACGACCACGAAUAAUCCGAGGACGAGGUUGUAAUGAGAGCUUCAGAGCUGCAAUAGACAAAUCGUAUGAUAAACCUGUUGCAGAUGAGGAUGAUGAAGGCAUGGAGACCUUGGAGGAAGACACUGAAGAAAGCUCACGUUCAGGCAGAGAAUCGGUGUCCACAUCUAGCGACCAGCCCUCCCAUUCACUUGAGAGACAGAUGAAUGGCAGUCAAGAUAAAGGAGACCAGAAGAAAAUUGGGAAGGACAAGAAGAAAGAUCGAGAUAAAGAGAAGGAUAAAAUGAAAGCCAAGAAGGGGAUGCUGAAGGGCCUGGGAGACAUGUUCAGGUUUGGCAAACAUCGAAAAGAUGACAAGGUUGAGAAAAUAAAAGUGCAAGAAGCCGUUACUUCAGAAGAGGAGAGAAUACGAAUGAAGCAAGAGCAGGAGAGAAUUCAAGCCAAGACUCGAGAAUUUCGUGAGAGACAAGCACGGGAACGAGAUUAUGCCGAGAUCCAAGAUUUAAACAGGACGUUUGGAUGUGAUAGCAACUCAAUGUACGCUGGAAUUGCUUCAUAUCAUGCCUCCACAAAUAGUGGCACAAUGAACAAUAGACCACAGAGCCCAAGGGAAGGGCCGACAGUUGAAGCAUUAUAUGCCCAAGUAAGGAAAGCACACAAUUCAAAGACUUCACCUGCAGACAGCAAUCGGUCAACUCCCAGCAAUCAUGACCGGAUACAGCGUCUAAGACAAGAAUUUCAGCAGGCAAAGCAAGAUGAGGAUGUAGAAGAUAGGAGACGUACCUACAGUUUUGAGCAGCCUUGGCCAAAUUCAAAGACGUGCUCUCAAAGCGGCAGGCAUUCUGUAUCAGUAGAAGUUCAAAUCCAGAAGCAGCGGCAAGAAGAAAGAGAGAAUUUCCAACAAGCUCAACGACAAUACAGUUCAUUACCCAGACAAAGUCGAAAAAAUGCAAGCUCCAUCUCCCAGGAUUCUUGGGAGCGAGAACAGAGCUACUCUCCUGGAGAAGGUUUCCAGAGUGCAAAAGACAACCCACGGUAUUCCAGUUAUCAGGGCUCAAGAAAUGGCUAUAUGGGAGGCCAUGGAUUCAAUGCCCGGGUAAUGCUUGAGACCCAAGAGCUGUUGCGUCAAGAGCAGAGGCGGAAAGAACAGCAGCUGAAAAAAAAGACAUCAGAAGGGUCCAGCAAUUAUGACUCAUAUAAGAAAGUACAGGACCCAAAUUAUGCCCUUCCCAAAGGUCCUUUCAGACAAGAUGUCCCACCUUCGCCAUCUCAGGUUGCCAGGCUCAACAGAUUACAAACGCCAGAAAAGGGAAGGCCAUUUUAUUCUUGAGUCCAAGAAACAGCCAGCAUCCCAUUGCAAUAAUCAUAUGAAGAGACUUGUUCUUGGAAGACUUUUUUUUUCCAAGUGGAGGUACUAAGGAAUUCUUGUCUGCUUCAGUGCCUUUAGCAGCAUGGGCAAAGAAUUGGAGGGCCUUAUGUCUUUGCCAUUGUGUCUCAAGUGUUACAUUCAUGGAAGGAGUUUCCAUCAUUUGACAAUCAUACUCUAGGCAAGUGAUGUGUCUUAGUGAUCAAGUGUCCUAGCCUCAGUCCUGUGCUCUCAGUGGCUGCUUGAACUUCAUUCCCCCCCCCCCGCUAUAUCAGGUGUUCAACUUUACAGUGAGUUAACGGUACCAACAACUGUCAUCCAUGGGUUUCCAGUUAAAAAAAUACAUGGUUGUAUCUUUUAUCAUUUCCCGCAGGUUGCGGGAAAAGGGGAACAUACCAGACUCAAGCAGUAAGGCAAGGUGUCUGGUCAAAAUCUCUGGCCCUCGAUGUUUUACAUUUGAUAGAUAUUUAAAUGUUUGUAUGCUGAAACACUUGUCCUUCUGCCGCACACGUCCACUCUCGGCUCCUAUCAGAAAGCUUUAUCCUCAUUCUGAAGCAGGGGGGAAAGUUACCUUUACAUUUAUCCUGGGGACCUUGUUGCAUUUGUCUUAUAGCUAACCAUAUAUUCCGUAUAUUAUCACAGAGAAUUGUUUGUAUAUAAGUUAACAUCAGGUAAGAACAGUGGAGAAAAAUAGCUUCUUCUUGAAGCUCGCAGAAUGGUGAAGGAGGGAAUCUCUUUUUGAAUUGGUUUAGCAAAUUGGGGGAAAUUUAAAUACAAUACAAUAAAAUAAAAUGCUUUCCAUUACAUACAAAUUGAACCCCCAAAUGAACUACAGAUGAAUCGCUGCUCACUUAUUCCAUAUAUCUUGGUAAUUUAACUUGUGUUUAUUUUGUUGGAAGAGGAAAAAUGCAGAACAAAUAUAAAAUGAAAUUCUAUUUUUGAAUGGGUUUUUUUUUUAAAAAAACUGUCUUUUUUGACAAUUGGUGAAGCCUCAUUGGACAAUUUGUUCUGUGCUUCCAUAUUGCUGUAUUUUUCAUCUCGGGAUCACAAUUAAAAUAAGAGAAACCACUAACAUUUAUAAAUAAAAAGAGAACUGAGGAAAAAUGUUCCAUAUUGUUUGUGAAAAUGCACUGGUGUCCAAAAAUAGCUGAAACAAAAAGAUUGCUCUGGAGGCAAUAUUUUGAAUGUGCUUUUGGGGGUAUAUGAAAUUUUCCUUUGCAACAGCUGGUUUUUGUGUUUGAGCUCUGAAUCUUUUGUGAAUUGUGGAAGAAAUCUAUCUAUAUAUCUAUCUAUAGCUGGAUUGCUAAAAGUGCCUGCAGAUCCUGAUGUGUAAAGGCUUGAGAGUUAAAGCUCAACAUAUCAUGCAUAAAUGAACAAAAGGAAAGAAGCACCAUGUAUUGUGGAUGAUGGGAAAAUUGCCUUUUUUUUAAA